AUGGAGGAAAUAAAUAGAGAUGAACCAAGACAUUUAAAUGAUACGAUAUGUUCGAUAGAUAACUUCGUCAGCAACGAAGUGACUGUCGAAAGUCAAACAACUUCCGAAAGUCGUAUUUCCCAGGAUAAUUCUAUCCAAAAUCUUACUAACACCCAAGAAAAUGAAGGGGGUAACAAUGACAAAAAUACAGGAGAGGGAGAUCAUAAUGUUGCUGGCGCAAACAUAGAUACAGCCACUGUAAGCAACAUACAGGAGAUCAACAAGGAAAUGGAUAAUGUGGAUGAUCCUAAACUCUCUGAGAAAUCUUUUCAACACGAUUCUCCCACCAAGAAUUCGGAAGAGUGGCUCAAAGACGUAAAUAAAGGAAAUGAAGAGCAAAAUAUUGUGACUGCAGAAGCAGGCACAGCCAUUCUUACCAUUAAUCAAGAAGAUGACAAAAUGGUUAAUAUCGAGCGACCUUCUGAGUGGCGUAUUCGAAGCGUCUCUCCCAAUGACUUAGUCAUCUCGGAAAACGAUCAAUCCACCGAAAAUGUGCUGGAAAAUACUGAGACCGAAAACUUAGACGAAAUCAAUAGUAAGAACAAUAUAGAUUCCAAAACACCCAAUAUUUCCGGUGAAGUUUCAAAUGUUCCACCAGUAUUAUUACGUUCAGUUCAGAAACUGUUUCCUACCGCGCAAGAAAAUAAUCAGGACAGAGAUUUGCAGGCAAUGAAUAAUAACACGUCGAUUAUAAUCCCCGCCAAAAAUGACAACGUAGCUAUUUCUCUAAGCCAAAUUUCAUUGGGAAAUACGGCUACCGCGGUCACUACAGCGCAGAACGCUACAUCAGCUGGUUCGGCAGGUAAACUUGCAGAAAGUGAAGAAAAAAAAGAUACCUCUGAUCCAGUUGGGAACAUUGCCAACAAGAUAGACUAUAAAUACUUUUUUCCAAGUUCCCAGUUUAGUCGAAUCAGUAACUACAAUCGCAGGAUUGGUCUCUGCAAUAUUGGGUCCACGUGCUAUGUAAAUAGCGUGAUGCAAGCUUUGCUUGCGACUAACAGAUUCAGCACGUUUGCUGUAAUGAGAAUGUAUAAUUAUCCUUAUUGGUCCCUCCUGGCAGAGUUGUUUGGGAAUAUGAUGUAUAACAUAUUUCCCGUUGUAAAUCCGUUAAGUUUUUACUCAAAACUUAAUUCACCAUAUUUUAAUAUUUAUAAAGAACAUGAUGCGUCUGAAUUUUUAAUGUUUCUGCUUGAGCUGCUCAAGAGUUACGAACCUGAAUGGGAAAGAGACACGGCAUCUAGUAACGUACGACCUUCUAGGACUGAUUCACGGGAUGACGCCACAGCUGGGUGCUCUUAUGAAGCAGCCGAGGCUACACCAAGGAAACGCCCAAAAAUCGUUGGUUUUAACAGUGCAAGGAAAUAUUACAUCGAUAAUUUGUUCGGUGGUAUUAUUGCGACAAUAGUCCAAUGUCAGACGUGCAGAACCAUUUCGAACAAAUAUGAAAUGGUGCACAUUUUGCAUUUGUCAUUUCCUGAUGUGAUGGUCGACGAAGUUCUCACAGUUCAAAGUCUUUUGAACUAUUACUUUACUACUGAGGCCCUGAUAGGGGACAAUCGCUACAUGUGUGAUACAUGUCAAUGCCAUCAGGACGCUCUGAAGACCUCAUUUUAUGCUCACACUCCGAAAUACUUGAUAUUAACAUUGAAAAACUUCAGAUAUGACUCAGAAAGAAAAAUUUUAUUGAAGAAAAUACGCAGGGUACAUUGCGAUGAUACUAUUUUAUUGCAUUCUACAACAAACAAAAAAGAAAUAAAAAAUUACAACCUGUACGCAGUGAUCGUUCAUUGUGGAAACCUUCUUAACACAGGACAUUACACCGCGUUCACAAAAUGCAAUGGCCAGUGGUACAUGAUUAGUGACAAAAAAGUCGAAAUCAAAAACCAGGAUGACAUUAACCGCCUAAAUGCCGAUGAAACACCUUACAUGUUGUUUUAUAGAAGAACCGACAUUAAAGAAGGCGAAUUCCCCGAAUUUGAUAGAAUUCCAUGGCUCUCGCAAUAUGUAGAAAAACAGCCCGAUGCACCGCAAGAGAAUAUUUAAAAUUAAGUCUAAAGUUUCGAAUAU